AUGCACGUAGAGUUCCAGCUACAUGAAGCACCCGGACUGCCAUUUUGGUUCACCCCUGCACAGUUCACGGGCUCACUGCGCAUGACCAGAAACGGUUCAAAGGUUGAACAUUUUCAUUUACAUGUGCCUAACGACCGUAGCCUAAAUGUGGACAUGGAAUGGAUGGAGAAAGGCAUCUCUGACUUUGUUGUGAACAUUGGCUAUCUUCCAAUGAUGGAGCUUGUCAGCGUUGGUCCUUCCACGCCUCAGAGACUGCAUGAGGUGGAACAAGUACAUGACACAGAG